AUGGAGUCCAACAUCUCAGGAUCCUUCCUCUUUAACAACAGCUUGAACCAAUUUCCGUCAGACAUCAAGGCCCCGGUGUGCCAGUACUCCAUUCCCAACUCCUUCUACAAGCUUGGCCCUGCCAAUAUCAACUCACAGUUACAGGCUGGCACUCCGCAUGGCAUCAGUGACAUUCUGAGUCGAUCCAUGGUGAGCGGUCCAGGAACCCCUGCACUAUUGUCUGGGUACCCAUCCAUGGGUGGCUUUGGAACAACUGUUCCCAGUCCGGGGGUGUAUUAUAAUCGGGAUUACACCCCAUCAGGACUGAGCACUUUUCCUAAACCUGUUGUCGAAUGUGCAGGUAUGAAGGGUAAAAGCAGCAGCUGCUGGGUGGAUGGAGGGUAUGAGUGGAGAGGCGCGAGACAGCAGUGUGGCAACAAUAUGGGGCAUAAUCCUGAGAAUGUGGGGAAAAAAAAGCACACACGACCUACAUUCAGUGGGCAUCAGAUCUUUGCUCUGGAGAAAACCUUUGAACAGACCAAGUAUUUGGCAGGACCAGAGAGAGCCAGACUGGCAUACUCGCUAGGGAUGACUGAGUCACAAGUUAAAGUGUGGUUCCAGAAUCGGCGUACUAAAUGGCGGAAAAAGAGCGCAACGGAGCCCAGUUCCACACAGACCUCGCGUGGGGAGAGUGCAGGAGACGGGUCGGAAAAUGAGGUGGAGGACGAGGAGUACAACAAACCUCUGGACCCCGACACAGACGAUGAGAAGAUACGACAGCUGCUGCGCAAACACCGCAGAGCUUUCUCAGUACUGCGCCUGGGGCCACACCAUAUCUGA